UGCAACAGAAUGGGGUACGACACAGCUCCUACUCGGCAUCAAGGAAAAAUCUGUAUAUUAACAAAAAUACGAAGGUUAUCUGUCAGGGUUUUACAGGCAAACAGGGCACCUUCCACAGCCAGCAGGCAUUGGACUAUGGCACCAAUCUAGUUGGAGGAAUUUCUCCAGGGAAAGGGGGAAAAACUCAUCUGGGUCUGCCUGUGUUUAAUUCUGUGAAGGAGGCCAAAGAACAAACCGGUGCUUCUGCCACUGUUAUAUAUGUACCUCCUCCGUUUGCUGCUGCUGCGAUCAAUGAAGCAAUCGAUGCAGAAAUGCCCUUAGUUGUAUGCAUAACUGAAGGUAUUCCCCAGCAGGACAUGGUUCGGGUUAAACACAGACUGCUUCGGCAGGAUAAGACUCGACUAGUGGGUCCCAACUGCCCUGGAGUCAUCAAUGUAAGUGACUUCUGCAUUNNNAUCAUGCCUGGUCACAUUCACAAGAAGGGAAGAAUUGGUAUCGUGUCAAGAUCUGGAACUCUGACAUAUGAAGCUGUUCAUCAAACAACACAAGUGGGAUUGGGACAGUCUUUCUGCGUUGGGAUUGGAGGUGAUCCCUUCAAUGGAACUAAUUUUAUUGACUGCCUUGAUGUCUUCCUGAAGGAUCCUCAUACUGAGGGGAUCAUAUUGAUUGGGGAAAUUGGAGGAAAUGCUGAAGAAGAUGCAGCAGCAUUCUUGAAAGAAAAUAAUACUGGUCCAAACGCCAAGCCGGUGGUGUCAUUCAUAGCGGGUCUGACUGCUCCUCCAGGCAGGCGCAUGGGUCAUGCUGGUGCAAUCAUUGCUGGAGGCAAGGGUGGAGCUAAAGAGAAGAUAGCAGCUCUUCAGAGCGCCGGAGUUGUUGUGAGCAUGUCUCCUGCUCAGCUAGGUAGCACCAUCUACAAGGAGUUUGAGAAAAGGAAAUUGCUCUAAGAGAAGACGCUUUGGAAUACUGUCUCCAAAACAUCAGUGCAGCACCUGGCCUUCACUUAUCUUUUGUCUGCUCAUCUUCAGUUGCCCAAAUGAAUGACAUUGGUCUUUGAAUUCGACUUGGAAGCCAUAAACCUCCUGGCUAAACCUGUUUUGUUGUCUCCUUGGUUCAGGCGUGAUCACCUCAUUGUAAAUCACAGCAAAUUAAUAAAUCUACUACUAAAUCUGAUUCAUCUUUUGAAUUCCUGAAACAGAGCUGUUUCUUCAACCAUCACAAACAAAAUAAUCAGCCUUGAAGGUCUGAAUCUUUUUUAACUUAAGCACUGCCCAUUUUAAGGUAAAGUAGCUUAUAGAGAUGCUUUUAAGGGUCAAGGCACUGACUUUACGCACAUAUCACACUUUGCGUUAUUUUUAAAAAAUCCAAUCUUACUUGUUUCUUACUGGCAAGUGUGUUUAUUUUAACAAUAGGCCAAAGUUUCCGUCCAUUAAACCAAAGCUGCUGGAUCUGAAGGAAUUGCUUGUUGAUCCAUGUAGCUGGAUAUGCCUGAAGUCCAGACUUUCCUUUCAAGGCUGAUGAGCCAUGCACAGUGUAGUCCUCUACUGACAGGGAAUUCUGCUUUUGCAUGGAGAGAUAGAAUUUUGAUUCACAAAAGUGAAUCUAAUUUUCCAU